GCCAAAAGGGAACACUCAAUCAACUACACCGACUGGUCCGACUGUACUGGACUAUGGACUAUAGUGUGCCAAGUGAAAAAAAGUAGUGUUUUGGAUUGAAAACGGUUAAUAGUCGAAGAUGAGGAGUCAAAUCCGCGCAGCGCAGUGGCCGAUCAAGAGCUACUGCCGGCAAGCCGCCACCAGCCUUCAGGUCACCAACAGUCAGCAGGGCACCACCAGUCUUCAGGUCACCAGCAGCCGGCAGGUUACCACAAGUCUUCAGGUCACCAGCAGCCGGCAGGUCACCACCAGCAGCGCCGGGCACAGGCAGGCAGCUGAAGGACCUUUGGAAAGUGGCAAGCUCCCGGCUCGGUCAUGCCCCGCCCAAGGCCACCGCGCGCGCUCCACGCACGCCGUGCUCGACUCCUCGGUCUUCGAGACCGUCACCCCCUCGUCCGUCAGACCCUGGGAGGAGGUCCCGGGCCCUAGACCGCUGCCGCUGGUUGGCAAUACUUGGAGAUUUGCGCCCUUUAUAGGCAACUACUCCGUGGAGCACGUGGACAAGGUGUGCCUGUCGCUGCGCGCGCAGUACGGCAAGUGCGUCAAGAUAGCCGGGCUGCUCGGCCGCCCCGACAUGCUGUUCGUGUUCGACGCGGGGGAGGUGGAGCGAGUGUUCCGGGCUGAGGACGGCGCUCCACACAGGCCAUCCAUGCCGUCGUUAAAUUAUUACAAGCACGUUUUGAGGAAAGACUUUUUUGGCGCCGAGGAAAACUGCGCAGGAGUCAUUGCUGUGCAUGGCGAUUCUUGGUCCGCGUUUCGCACAAAGGUGUCUCGAGUGGCCCUGAGCACCAGUGCCGCCGCGCAGUACACCGUGGCCGUCAGCGAAGUCGCUGACGACUUCAUAAACAGAUUGCGUGGAAUCAGAAAAGAGGACAACGAAACUUCAGAGGACUUUUUAAAUGAAGUUCACAAGUGGUCUUUAGAAUCUCUGGGUCUGAUAGCCCUGGACACGCGGCUGGGCUGCUUCCAGGCGCGCUCGGGCUCCGAGAGCCAGCGCCUCAUCGACGCCGUCAACACCUUCUUCCUCUGCGUGGGGCAGCUCGAGCUCAAGGCGCCCUGGUGGCGGCUCUGGAACACCAGGAUGUUCAAGCAAUAUGUUAAUGCUCUUGACACUAUCCUCAGUGUAACUCUAAGCCACGUGGAGAGAGCACUGGAGGAGGGCAAGGCCAGUUCCAACAAGUCCCUGCUGCAAGACCUGGUGGCGGCUGCCGGCACCAGGGUCGCAGCUGUAGCGGCUCUUGACAUGUUCCUCGUGGGCAUCGACACGACCUCAAACGCUGUAGCUUCAACUCUCUACCAGCUAUCGCUUCGGCCACACGUACAAGAGAGAAUCUACGAGGAAGUCUCACAGGCGCUGCAGGGGAGGGACUUAAGGCCGGGGGACGUCAACCAGAUGCCGUACCUUAAGGCCUGUGUCAAGGAGGUGUUGAGGAUGUAUCCAGUGGUGAUCGGGAACGGUCGGCAGCUUACGAAGGACACCGCCAUCUGCGGGUACAACAUCCCCAAAGGGACGCAGGUGAUCUUCCAGCACUACGUGAUGGGCAACAGCGAGGAGAACUUCACCGCCGCCGCCGAGUUCCGCCCGGAGCGCUGGCUCAAGCGCUCGCCGUUGGACAAGCACAGCGCUUUCGCUUCGCUGCCUUUUGGGUUUGGUCGACGGAUGUGUCUCGGCAGACGGUUCGCUGAGCUGGAGAUACACACCGUCAUUUGCAAGAUGGUGCAGGCGUUCAAGCUGGAGUACCACCACGAACCGCUGGAGUACCACAUUCACCCCAUGUACACCCCGGACGGGCCUAUCCGGAUCAAGCUCAUCGACCGGGAGAGUACUUAGUGUAGUAGGCCGCCGACUUAGGGAUACGUUCUACGAUCCACGUUCCGGGUCACUUCCGGGUCGUAUGUGGUGCAGCGGAUUCCAUUGGCCAUACAACGUGGAAAUGCUGGUGCUGUGCCCGGUACGACGCGGGCGUGUCCUAGUUAAAUUACGCGUAUGUUAUUAACCCACAUAUGGGUAAAUGACGAACUAGGGAUUGCAAUCCGGUCCGGCGGAUCCGGUAAUCCGGCCGGAUCCGGUGCUUUUUUCAUGCUACCGGAUCCGGUGAAAUUCGCCGGAUCCGGUACCGGAUCCGGUAUUGUAAUUUAAUAUGUUGGAAUAGUGCUAAAAAAUAACAUUUGAACGUAACUCAACAGGGGA